AACUCCCCCCCCGCCCCCCCAGCCUUUACAGCAGGCCACAUAGGACUCUUGACACUAAGCUAAGCUGGAACUUGGAUUUUUAUACUCCCAAGCAGUGUAUUCUUGCCUGGUCAGAAGCUUUGAACAAACAGAGGAAAUAAGGGGAAAAUAAAAGAACAGGAUGGGGGAAGAAAUACUUCCCAAGACCAUCCCACACCUGCACAACAGAGAGGACAAACUGUUAGAGACCAAGAUGGUGGUGGAAAAGCCCACAACUCCAUCUGUGGCCCAACUAGCAGGAAAAUUUCAAGAGCAGUCAUCGAUUUCUGGAAAGGAGGUCCCGGCUCCUAAACCAGCACGCAGAAAGCCACCUUGCUCUCUUCCCCUCCACACAAAUAAGAUGGAGCUGGGGCAGAAUGGUGAGCUAAAACCAUCCCCAAAUGCUUCUCGUCCUAUAAGGAUAAAGCCCAAAAGUUCUCCUCUCAUUGAAAAAAUGCAGGCUAAUUUGGCACUUGCUCCAACUUCUAUGCUGCCAGGAGCUUCUCCUAAAAGCCCUGGACUAAAGGCAAUGGUGUCUCCCUUUAAUAGUCCACCAGUCACCCCUCUCAGCCCAAAGACUCAUUCAAGUAUUCCUGAUGAAUCUCCAGUUAGUUUUGAUCAACCACCAGAAGGUACUCAUCUUCAGUUUUAUAAUAAGGUAAGGACACGAGGAUCAAUAAAGCGCAGACCUCCAUCUAGAAGGUUUCGAAAAUCACAGUCAGAAUAUGGAGAUGACCUAGAUUUAGGAGGGACAGUUUUACCUCAGGAAAAUGGUUCCAAAACUGAGGAGAAGGAGGAAGUAGAUGUAUUUAUAGACAAUAAAUGCAUGAAAUUCUCAUCUGACCCUGUGGGUGGCAUAGACUAUCAGAAGAAACAAAAUCAAGUAGCUUCUGAUGAAAAAUCCCCAUCAGAUCUACAAUCUAGUAGAUCAGAAAACAAAGAGAAAGAAGGGGAUACAGAAAAAGUUACAAAAUUCAAAGAGAGCCAGGAAGACAAGACACAGCAGAAUCUUUCAGAGGAAAGGCCAAGUAAGACCGUGAACAAUGAGAAAGAGAAGAAUGCAGAUACUGAUACCGCAGAAGAUACAAAAAGAAAACCACAGAACUGUAAUGCUACCGACAUGGAAAACACUUAUAAAGAAAAGAGGGAGGAAAAAAUAAAUGGAAGUAAAGAUUCACAUCACGAAUCAAGCAUACAAGAUACUGGGACUUCACAACCUACUGCAGAUAUGAAACUAUUCUGAAUUCUAGGAUAUGGUGCUAAUAUAAUGAUAAAUGGAAAGUCAAUUAUUAGAGUUCCUAUUACAAUACAUGCUUAUAGACUAUUUCUAGUUUAUAAUAGUUUAUAAAGAAAUAAACUAUUUCUUUAAAUAAGAAACCAAAGAAACAUGAAUUAUUACUUUCUGAUGGCAAUUCUUAAGUUUUUUUUGAGACAAAUCAGGACAUCUGUGAUGGGCAGCAGCCUCACUGAGCUCCUUAAGUUUCUCACUUGAAGAGGCAAAAGCAUGUUUUGGAUAUUGUUAUCUAUUGUAUUUCAACAGUUGCUGAGUGUUUUUUUUUAAUGGAAAGGACUAUGAUCCAUAUUAAUUACACUUUCUGAUUAAAGUUGACAUUUCCAAACCAUUUCUGGCCUGUGAGCUAUAAUUAUACUGCAUACAUAUACUGCAUACACAGAGUCAGCACAGAAGCACCAAAAACUCAGUCUCUUCUGGUUUGUUUAGUGGCUAUGGAAUAAUUUGUAUAUGUCACAAAGCAUCCCCCCGCCCCCC